AUGGAUUCCUCCAGGAAACUGUCAAAGACAGUGCCGCAGGGGAACGCGGGGCGACGUUCCCUGAUGCAUGCGGAACCACCCAAAAAUCAUGGCGUUAGGCUCAGGCGCGCUGACGUAGAGGCGGCAUUUGCGUUCUUCGAUGUACAGAACAAAAAGGAAUUAAAACCCCGCGACCUCAAGGCGCGCCUCACCGCCUUUUACCCCAACAUGACGAACAAGGAAUUGAAAUUCCUCCUUGAUGAGUCCACGGAUGGCAGCUUCACUGUGGAGUCGCUUUGGAGCAUCAUCGACAACUACAACGGGAUGCAGACCUCGACGCUGGCGGCGGAGAGCUUGACGUUUGACCCUGUGAGGGAGGCGUUCAAAAUUUACGAUCCGCAGGGUAGCGGUGUAGUUGAUGUGGAGGUGUUGGCUGGCAUCAUGAAACGCAUCGGAUUCGGGGAGCUCUCGCAGGAGGAGAUGGAGCUGAUGAUUCAAACUGCAGACUUUGAUAAGGACGGAAACAUCAACCUAGAAGACUUUCGUAAUCUCUUGAAAAUUGACAGGUAG